CUAAGAGUCUUGUUAUCAGGAUGAGGAGCCGCCUGCCUCUCUCUGGGAGAGAAUGGACGGCUCGGGCAGCUCGGGGCUGUUGUGAGCGCCUGUAACCGCCGCGCUGAUGAGGCCGCGUUGAUGAGAGUCGGCGUGAGGCUGGAGUCGGAGCACCACAGCUCCUCCCAGGCCUCUCGCGUGCUCCGGUGUUGGGCCUGAGUAAGGCCAUCAUCAGUCGCAGCCUUCCCUCCAGGCCUCUAGCAUGCCUGGAGCCUCCCUAGUUCAUCCUGGGUAAUCACCUUCUAGGUUCAUCGUUCCCCUGUUUCUGCACCUGGAAGGCCCAGAGUCGGUGACAGUGGCUGAAAGUGCUCUCCUUUGGGUAGGGUGUCAGCCAAGACAAGUGGAUCCCACCGGACAAGCAUGGAGACGGUGACAUUUGGCGACGUGGCUGUGCACUUCUCUCGGGAGGAGUGGCAGUGUCUGGACUCUGGUCAGAGGGCCCUCUACAGGGAGGUGAUGUUGGAGAAUCACAGCAGUGUGGCUGGACUAGCAGGAUUCCUGGUCUUUAAGCCUGAGCUGAUUUCCCGACUGGAGAAAGGACAAGAGCCGUGGGUCCUUGACCUACAGGGAGCAGAGGGGACAGAGGUACCAUGGACUUCCCAGACAGAUUCUGCUGUUAGGACUGACCACAAACAGACGUGUGAGUACAUGGACAUUCUCAAAAGGCAGGUUCCUGGCAUUGGAGAUACUUUGGAUUCUGAGGUCUGGUCAGAGAAUUGUCCAAACAGCCUUGGGCUAAGAGUGAGGGGCUCACUUUUCCAGAAGCACUGUUCCAAUGUAAAUAAUGGGGCUGUGGCUCCUGAGAACUUUACUGAGGACACUGUCCAGGAAUAUAAGGAACUAGGGGCCACUCUCCUGGGUUGUCAGCCUGAUAAACAGAGAGAUGGUGUCAAAGGGACAUUACAGAACUGUGAGGAGUAUGGCAGAGGCUUCAGAUCACCUUCAGAUCUGGCUCCAAACCUGGAAAUGAAUGUGCAGGAGAAACCAAACAGAUACCAGGAGUGCCAGAAAAACCUAUCUGACUGCUUGCAGGAGAAACAUAAAAGUAACUGCCUUGGAGAGAAACUGUAUGAGUGUGAGGAAUGUGGGAAAGUCUUCAGACUGUGUUCACAACUCCAUCAACAUCAGAGAAUCCACACAGGAGAGAAACCGUUUAAAUGUGUUGAAUGUGGGAAAGCCUUUCGUCUGAGCUCAAAACUUAUUCAGCAUCAAAGAAUUCAUACUGGAGAAAAGCCUUACAGGUGUCAAGAAUGUGGGAAAACUUUUGGUCAGAGCUCAAGCUUGAUCCAUCAUCAGAGAAUCCACACAGGAGAGAGACCCUACAGUUGUCAAGAGUGUGGGAAAGCCUUCAGCCAGCAAUCACAACUUGUCAGACACCAGAGGACUCACACUGGAGAAAGGCCAUAUCUCUGUCAGGAGUGUGGCAAAGCCUUCAGCCAGAGCUCAACUCUAGCCCAGCACCAGAGGAUGCAUACUGGGGAGAGAUCUCAAAUGCCAAGAGCUUCAGAGAGUCCAGGCCUUGUUGCCCAUCAGAGAAGUCACACUGUAGAGAAGCAAUUUAAGUGUGAAGAGUGUGGGAAAGCUUUCAGGUGGAUCUCUCGCCUGAGUCAGCACCAGCUGAUUCACACUGGAGAGAAACCUUAUAAAUGCAACAAGUGCACAAAAGCUUUUGGUUGUAGCUCACGACUGAUUCGUCAUCAGAGAACUCACACUGGAGAAAAACCAUUUAAAUGUGAUGAAUGUGGGAAGGGCUUUGUUCAGGGCUCACAUCUUAUUCAACAUCAACGAAUCCACACAGGAGAGAAGCCUUAUGUGUGCAAUGACUGUGGGAAAGCCUUCAGCCAGAGCUCCAGCCUCAUUUACCACCAGAGAAUCCAUAAAGGAGAGAAGCCAUAUGAAUGUCUCCAAUGUGGAAAAGCUUUCAGUAUGAGUACACAACUCACCAUCCACCAAAGGGUUCACACUGGGGAAAGACCCUACAAGUGUAAUGAAUGUGGAAAAGCAUUCAGUCAAAAUUCAACGCUUUUCCAACAUCAGAUUAUUCAUGCUGGAGUGAAGCCCUAUGAGUGUAGUGAGUGUGGAAAGGCCUUCAGUCGAAGCUCUUAUCUUAUUGAACACCAGAGAAUACAUACUAGAGCCCAGUGGUACUAUGAAUUUGGAAACACCUUUGAAGGCUCCACCUUUGUGAGCCAUAAAAAAGUAAACACUGUAAAGAAAUUGCACCAGUGUGAUGGCUGUGAGAAGAUAUUCAGGUGGCGUUCACACCUGAUUAUACAUCAGAGAAUUCAUACAGGAGAGAAGCCUUACAAAUGUAAUGAUUGUGGCAAAGCUUUUAAUCGGAGCUCAAGACUUACUCAGCACCAGAAAAUUCACAUAGGAUAAACUGAUCACCUAUAUAAAUGUAUAAAUGUGAAUAAACUUGAAGCCUUAUUUUAUUUGAAAUCAUUUAUACAUUUAUCUUUGAGAAUUGUUUUUAGAAUAUUGUUCAUAUGAAAACAUUUUUUUUCUUGGAAUAUUUAGCAUUUACCCAUUAAAUAAAGUGUCCCUCAAAAUCAGGGUAUAGCCUAUAGUUUGAACUCUUGGAGGGUAGACCUCUGCCCUACAGGCAUCAGAAGCAGGCAUCAGAAAGGCUCUAUGAGCCCUUUCAGACAGCAGGUUAAAUGAAACCACCCACUUCAGAUGUGGUGGCACAUUUUUGUAAUCCCAGCACUCAGGAGACAAAUGUAAGAGGAUCUCAAGUUUGAGGCUAUCUAUAUCCUGCCUUAAAAAAAAAUUUAAAGUGUUCUCCCUUGGGAUCAGUUACUUAACUAGGUUUCAACAAUAAAGGGAUCUUUCAGCUCAUUGAAAAGAUAAGCAGCCAGGCAUGGUGGCAUAUGUCUUUAAUCCCAGCACUCAGGGAGGGAAAGGCAGGGGGAUCUCUGUAAGGUGGAGACCAGUCUGGUCUACAUAGUUCCAGGCCAGUUGUGGCUACAGGGCACCCCUGUCUCAAAACGAAGAGCUAAGACCCUAGAAUUUCUAACUGCUUCACCUAACCCCUUUUACUUUGUGUGGUAGUGAGGAUUGAGCCUAGGGUUUGGACAUGUUAUUCAAGUGUUCUACAACUGAGUUAUGUCUCCAACCCCACAUGAUCCCUCUUAAAGCUUAUCCUCUAGAGCCACUUAGGGCUCCAUUCCCUUGGGAGGUGGGCGUGGCUCCUGAGUGCUGCUGUUAGGGUGGAUGUGGCCUGCAAUAUUCAUCAAGCAUACAUCAGUACUAGGCAAAGAAACAGCAUGGCUACCUCCAAGGGUUUGAAAUCAUCUGGAUUUCAGGGACUUGUGUGAUGCAGGAUACCUGCCUCCCUAAAAUUCAGAGCUAGUGUCCUGAAAAUGUCUUGCUGUAGGGUAGUUACAAGACUAUGCAGGAAUGUGUAAAUGUUUCUCAUAAAGAAUAAACAGUCUAAAAGAAUGCCGUUGUUACAUCACACACCAGCACCUGCCCAGCUCCCCAUUUUACAGGGGCAGUCAGAGAACUGGUGAGUCUAGGUUAAAGGAAGGAGCCAUGUGCCAGAAAUGCGCUCUCCCUAUGUGUGUCCCCCAGUCCUGAUCCAGGAUGUCUGCCUAACACCAGAGCACAGGAGUUAGCAAUGACAAUGUAUUGGUGUUUUUAGGAGACAUGAAGCUAGAAUGGGAUACGAGGGAAUGAGGCAGGUAAGAAUGGAGAAUGGGUCUAAAAUUUUUAAGCCCCAGUUGGGAUUUUGCAUUUUAUUCUAGAAUUACAGGACAUUACUAGGGGGCCCUUACAGGUACUAUUACGGGGUUCUUUUCCCUCAAGGGUCGAGGGUGGGGAAAUGGAACCCUGGUUCUUGUACUUCCUAAGUUCUACCAUUAAGCCACACCCCUUCUUUGGAACUGUUUUGUAAAGAGCACCAGCUGCUCAGUGGGGGGGGGGGGGUUAAAGGAGGGCUAAUGAUGAAAACAGAAGACAGAAACUGCCACGGACAUUUUGGAGUAGGGGACCCUGAAACAGUUUUUCUUUGGCUGAAGCCAAAUAUGUCUGUAGCAAUGUUUGUAAUUCUGUCCUUGCCAAAGGCUAGAGAGGCCAGAAGGGUUUAAGCCAAAAUGUUUUU